AUGUUGCAAGUACGGAUCUUCCAUCAUUCCUUCGCCGGACUGGGAUGUGGCCUGGGCUUCCAACAUCGGCUGGGCGGAGCUCUGGAGAUGGGUGGACGAGCUGAGCGCUUCCCGCGCGAACUGAAGAGCCAACGCCACGAUGGAGCAAACCGGGCACCAUUGGCUCAAAAACUGAUUCAGCAGAGCAUGAAAAACAGGCAAGCGGGCUUGCGAGCAGCUUGCGCCCUCUGGCGGUCAAGCGAGACUUUGGAUUUGUCCCAGUGCUUCCGGAACUAUUGCUUGUUGACCAAAAACCAGAUUCAUCCCACAGAUGUUCACAGCCUGCCUUGGCGUCAGAAGCUCAUCUCUGCCCUCCCCAGCUUUUCCACACCGCCCAGACGCACCGGCGAACACGAGCUUCGCAUCCGCCCCAGUGAGAGGACCACUCGUGCUCCCAGGAGCCUCGUGGUGCCUGGCGCGGGGAAGGCGAACUUCGACUCUUUUGAGGCGAAAGCGACUCCGAACUCGGUGCCGAACACGGAGGUGGUGCCGAACUGGGCGGUGUUCGGUGCCGAACUGCUUCGCUGCUUCGGCCGAAUGAAUGGGCGCGCCGGGCACGGGGCGAACCCCUUCGAGACCAAAUCUCAGCGUCGAGAACGCGAGGUGCAAUCUCUGCUUGAGAAGCUGCAGCCGGACUCCAUCAUGCUAAACCCCGACGACAUUGGUCAAAUCGACCGGGAGGUGGUCAAAGUUUGGAGGGAUAACUCCAAGAAGGAAGAAGAGGCGAAAGCGAAGGAGGAGGCUGCCAAGAAGAAGCCGGUGAAGAAGAUGCGGGGCAAGAACAAGGUGGGAAAUCGCAUGAAGCGCAAGGCCUUGAAGCAGGGCGCCGAAGGGAGGCAGAAAGCGCGGAACCGCCUGGCGGGGGAGAAGGCAGAGGAUGCACCCCGCGGCGCGACCGGGCGCGGCUUUCGCCGGAACGAGGGGGACGAGUCGGACUUCCACAGCCCGAUGAAUCUGGAAGAUGCGUGGGCCGACGAAGCACAAAGGCUUCUUCGUCAGCACCGUCAAAACUGCGACUUGGAGCCCUUGAACAUCUUCGCACCCAGGCCUAGACCUGUGAAGCGGCCUUUCGAAACCCUGGAGACGGCCUUUCAAGUGACCUGCCAGGUCAUGGUCGCAUUGCUCUCGCCGCGCGUCCAUCCAUGGAUGCGGAGAUUGUCUGCAUGCCUUCGCAUGCAGCGGACCUAUCCGGAGGUGCUUCCAGCUCCCUCUUUGUCCGUGCUAGUCUCGGGUUUCCACGCCAAGCUGGUGCUGGACGUGGCCAAUCGCUUGUCCCUGCCACCCUUUCGCUGGGCACAGUACCGGCCCGAGCCAGAAGAUUUGCUUUGUCCCUUGACCGUCCACGGCCUUGAGCUGAAUUUGUUGGGUGCCGUGGCGGGGGUCUUCAUCGGCCGAGCGGCCGUGGAAGCGCGACAGGUUUUACAGGGCCUCGCCUGUGUCGCUGCUUCAAUGUUACCAGUUUCAUUUCAAUCGAUGUUCCUGGAUCGAACCGUUCCCUUCGCAGCUCCCUGUGCCGCACUUUUCUUCCAUAUGUCUUCCUGUGCAGUCCUCUCCCCCUUCGUGGUCUCCAGCAUGGCGACUCUUCUCCAAGAGGCUCAACUUCACCGCUGCUUGAUCCUGCCGGGGCCAACGGUGGGCGGUGGACCAGUCAACGUUGGGGCACUCGCUGCGCAGGGGCCUUCGCAGAUCCCUCAAGAGGAUGGAGCAGAAGUAGAUGAUGAUGUUCCGGCUGACUUGCCCACCACUCGGGAGAUCGUGCCCGCGUCGCGUUCCGCGUCGCCGAACCCCGCGUCGUCACUCGCCACCGCAACGCUGGUCGAGCUUCAUGGGCUCCCUGAAGAAGUCUUGGGCAAGGAGCGGGAGUGGUGCAGUACCUGUCAGAUGGGAAGGUCCUCGUUGAAACAUUCCGAGGAGUUUGCGCCGCAGCACCCUGAGAGGGGCGGAUUUCAUGUGGCAUGGCCUCCAGAAGGCAACAUGGAGGCGCUGGCAGGUUUCACUGCUACGGCUGUAGAGGCUCUCGCCAAGGAGGGUGAGGACAUGACCUCCGAGGCUGCUGUUGAAGUGAAGUGCGGUAGGUUUCGAUGGAAGCGACUGCGCCGCGAGUUUGAACCAGCAUAUGUGGGAAAGCAUCAGAAAUGCAAAACUGCAUGGCUCGAUGAGAUGGUCGAAGAGAAGCCAGAAAUGGACACUCCAAUUGAUCCACUGGACUUGUAUUUGGCUCGCUUUACACAGUUUCUGCUACCUGUGGCACCCUUUGCUUUGGACUUCAUGCCGCACAGCCGUACCUCUGGCAUGCUCCGGAUCCCUGCCACCUCAGAUCAGUUGACUGUGGCAGAAACCGUGAGCGAGGAAGACAUCGCCAAGGGCUUAGUGGAUGAGCACGUGGACUUCUUGAGGUUGGGUGCUGACGGCGCCAGCGCAAUUUCAGGUAUUGCAGCUGGGACGGAUGGCUACGUCAAAGCCCCAAUUGAGCGCUUUGACAUCGAUCAAUACACAAGGACUGGAGAUGACUGGCAAAUUGGGUGGACCUACACCAUCCAUGGAGGAUAUUGCAAGGACAUUUUUAGCUUUGACAACGACUUCUUCAAUGUGCCAGAGCAGGAAGCCUGGCUUUUGGCUCCUGCGAAUAAGCAGCUCUUAGAGAGGAGCUACGAGGCCUUGUUCAACUCGGGCGUGUCAAGGAAAGAUGUCCACGGACGUCGCAUGGGUGUCUACAUCGGUCACUCCGGUGAUGACUGGAGCGUGGAUCCUAGGUUCACCUCUGGCGGUGAAGACAUGCACAAGUUUGGAUACCAGGCGAGGAAGUGGUCCUGCAUCGCAGGUCGUAUCGCAUAUAUCCUGGGCCUGAAGGGGCCCCAGGCAUUGCUCGACACUGCGUGCUCCUCCGCGCUAGUGGCCUACGGUGUAGGACACACCGCGCUACGGCGAAGCAUGCUGGAUCAGCCAAUGGCGGGCGCGAACUCCGACAUCUCCGAAGCGUUGAUGGGCGGGGCCAACCUCAUUCCAGGUCCCGGGAAUUACAUCAACCUCUGUGGACCUCAUAUGUUGUCUGUGGCUGGGCGAUGUUUCACCUUUGACAUGUCCGCGGAUGGCUUCGAACGCGGCGAGGGCUCUUCGUGCUUCUUUGCACGGAGUGAAGAAAGUGUGCCCAGAGAAGCAUUGGCCACGGUGAUCGGUGCUUGCUUGAACCAAGAUGGCAGGACGGCGCUGGCAGGGAGCGCCAGCAUGACGGCGCCCAAUGGCCCUUCGCAGCAGGAGUGCGUGCGCGGCUCCAUGCGCGAGGCGGGCUUGACGGCCAACCAGAUCACGUGCUCCGAGCUGCAUGGCACCGGUACCGCGCUGGGAGAUCCCAUCGAAGUGGGCGCCUUGAAGGGGGUCAUGCAGGACCGCAAAGCCCCAAUCAUGCAAACUUCGGCCAAGAGCCACAUUGGGCACCUGGAGGCGAAUGCUGGACAGGCUGGAAUCAUCAAGUGUAUGCUGAUGUGCAACAGCUGCGCCGGAACGCCGAAUUGCCACCUCUACAUCUUGAAUCCACAUCUGGACAUCAACGGCUAUCCCACCGUGUUCAACACCGAGCUUGCAGAGUAUGGUAACCAGUCCGGCUACUCCGGCGUCUCUUCCUUCGGCUUCGGCGGCGCCAACGCCCGCGCGGACGUGUUCGCGAUCGCCUCGAGGGGGCCCCGGAAGCCGGGCCAGGUGAAUCUGGAGAAGGUGGACUACGUGGUGGUCCAGUGCCCCAUCGAUGAGGGCCCGAUGCAUUACAUCGAUGGACGAGAAGUGCCCACUUCGGGGUCUCGGAUCUUCCGGAAUAGAGGCAGAUAUCGCUGCGACAACAUCCGCGAUGAGUUUGACAAUUAUGACUACAACAGCAGCCUCUACGAGGGGAAAUAUCAGAUGAGCCCGCCCGAAGAGGUUGCUUUGGACCGUCCAGAUGCCGGCAUGUGUAUCGUCGGCUCAUGGGAUUGCUUUAAGUCUGGCACAGAGAUGAUGUCCGAGGGAGACAGUUGGAGCUGUUUAGUGCAACUUGGUGAGACUCGAGUGGAGCGCUUCCACUUUAGCGUGCUGGGAGACGAGAAUUCGAUCAUCCAUCCCUGGGUCGAUCGUGGCUCAAUGAUGACACGAGUGGUAGGGCCUCAUGCUGAUGGCAAAGGAAAGUACUGGAUGAUCGAUGGCCGCGACGAGGAGGUUCCCGCGGGCAGCGUUUAUCGGGUCACCUUGCACUGGGGAGCGCGGCUUCGUGUGGCCUGGCAACGGGAGAUGUCCAUCCUCAGCAGGGGCAUCUCCACAAAAGAGCUGGUUGGAGCAGAGGCUCGCCACCGGUACUUCGUCCUUGGAACCUGGACCAGCUGGACGUGCUUCGAAAUGUCUCCCACGGAGCCCAAUUGCUUCGAGACCACGCUGCGCAUCGGCAUGUCCGGCAUGGAAUCCUUCCGCUUCCUGCGGGACCAGGACCCUCCGGACCGAAACACCGCCGGGGGCCGGGAGUCACACGGUCCGCAUGAGGGUGGUCACACGGUGUGA